GUGUUUGAUGUUAGGUUAACGAUCCAAGAUCUCUCCCUUUUUGUGUCUUUCCUUUUCUACCAGGUUACAAAACUUUUUCUGAUCUUUUCCAUGAGCUUUUUUGCUCGUGACUCUCCCAAGUGUGUGCAUCAUUGCAGCUGGGCAGUUCCAGUUGUCUCUGUCCUCCACACCAUCUCCAGUCUUCAAAAUUGCUGCACUUUUUAUUGUUGGUCAAAGCUCAAAACCAUGGCCGGUUGCUUUCUUUUGCAGAUGUCAACAACAGUAGAGGAGAUUUUUACCAACCAUUGAUUCACAGUUUCUUCUACUUUUUCUUUGAGAGGAAAUUACGAUGAAAGGAUGACAUUGAUUUCUCGACACCAACCCAUAUAGAGCAGAAUUAUCUUAGCUAAGGAAACAAGAUUAGAAGCAAGAAAGAAAAUACCCCACCAAGAAAAUUCAGCAAAAACGGGCUGGCAAUAUAAUAUUGAAGAGUAUUACAUUACAUGCAUACUGAUAAAUGGAAUCUCCAAUAACAAAGUUUAAGCUGAGGUCAUGUGCUUCUUCAGGAGGUAUAUGGAAGUAUUUGGCUUGUAUAUUAUGAAUGAUUGAACUAAUUCAGUUGUUUGCACAAGCUGCAUAUUCUUCUGUGGCACAACCUUGUUUUUGCUCAUUCCUGUGCAUGACCGUGAUGGAGCAUAAUAAGAGGCCUAAUCUCGUUUCUCUUUUCUUAAACGCCUUUUCCUGACUUAAUAAGGCUCCUGACCUUUAUACUCUAAUUAAAUCCUACACAGAAAAAGAACAAAGUAUGAAAGCAAGAGGAAGACGGAAAAAGAAGUUCUCUGCUCCAUAAAUUGGAUUCUGUUAAAGAUUGCCGCAACGACAUUUGUUAAGAAAGGUUGCAAUUUUCAAUAUACUAACAUUUCUGAUGAUGUGAAUAGUUAAUGCUUUCGAAGUCACAUUUUUUUUAUGAAGCAUGCUUAACGAGUUCCCGUGCCUCAGGUUUACCCGUCACUGGGCACUCGUUUUUGCGUUGAGGAAUGGCGAGUGAAUCUGCCCAUAUUUUGGGUAGUGUUUAAUUCCCAUCAAGAUAUACAGAUUUUGGAACACUUCAUUUUUCAUGAAACAGUUUUUUCUUCUCUUCAACAAACAACAAAUACUUUCUUCUUGCAUUUUGACUUCUAGCUGAAAUGAAAGCUAUCAUCUUUAAUAGUCUGAAGAACUUUAUUGGGGAGAGACAUGUGAAUUCCAGGUAGAGCAUCAACCUCUCUGAGUCUCUUUCUCUCUCCCUCCCUCAACCUCUCAAUAAAUAACUCUAACCUUGCAGAGAGGACAAGGAGGAGUUUGCCACUAGAAGCUGAACCUCCUCAAUAUCAAACCAAAAGUGCGAUGUGAUGACUGACAUUGAUAUAAUGCCUGCAUGUUCCCACUGCCUAUUACUAAUCACACAUAAACUUCACUGAGAGAGAAUCAGAACCAUUCUCACAUUUUUCGCUAUUAUGUCUAUCUUUCUCAGAAUAACUCUAGCUUCAAUUGAUCAUACACUCCAGAAAAUGUUCUCUAAAGUUCAUGCAGGCAAGGAUGUGGCAGUAGCAGCAGACCUGGGGGCUUCAGGGAAAGUUGUAGAGAACACUAAUGAGGAGAGGAUUGAGAAAAUCAAGAGGCUUCCAGGGAAAAUCUGCGGGAUGAUGUGGAAAGUGGGUAAGGAAGAUCCCAGGAGGGUCAUCCAUUCUUUGAAAGUCGGGUUAUCUCUGACAUUGGUCUCGCUGUUGUACUUGAUGGAGCCGUUGUUUAAUGGGAUCGGCCAAAGCGCCAUUUGGGCCGUGAUGACCGUGGUCGUGGUGCUAGAGUUCACUGCAGGUGCAACUUUGUGCAAGGGACUUAAUAGAGGAUUGGGCACUCUUUUGGCAGGGUCCUUGGCAUUUCUAAUUGAGUAUGUUACAACGAAUUCUGGUCAGGUUCUACGAGCCGUUUUCAUUGGAGCUGCAGUUUUUCUGAUCGGAGCUACAGCUACCUACAUGAGGUUCUUUCCGUACAUAAAGAAGAACUACGACUACGGAGUUGUGAUAUUCCUCUUGACGUUUAAUUUGAUCACAGUGUCGAGCUAUCGUGUUCAAAAUGUGUUGAAGAUAGCCCACGAGCGCCUCUACACCAUUGCCAUCGGCUGCGGCAUCUGCCUUUUCAUGACUCUGUUGGUAUUUCCUAACUGGUCGGGGGAAGAUCUCCAUAAUUCUACAGUAUCCAAGCUAGAAGGCCUGGCAAGAUCCAUUGAAGCAUGUGUUAACGAAUAUUUUAGUGAGAUGAAGUCAGCAGAAGAGGGGAAUGAACCAUCGGAGGAUCGCAUAUACAAGGGUUAUAAGGCCGUCUUGGACUCAAAGACUAGUGAUGAGACUCUGGCACUACAUGCCAGUUGGGAACCGAGGCGUAAAAGACGCUGUUAUAUCUCCCCGUGGCAGCAAUACGUUAAAUUGGGAGCCAUUCUGCGCCACUUUGGUUACACAGUCGUCGCGCUACAUGGAUGUUUGAGAACAGAAAUACAGACCCCGCUUGCAGUUCGUGCACUCUUCAAGGACCCGUGCAUUAGACUCGCCAAGGAGGUACAAAAGGUCCUGAUGGAACUCGCCGACAGUGUGAGGCACCGCCGCCACUGCUCACCCGAGAUACUGUCCGAUCAUCUCCACGAGGCCUUGCAAGACCUAAACACCGCAAUCAAAUCCCAACCUAGGCUCUUCCUAGGUUCAAAUGAUAACCAAUCAUCGAACAUGCUCGCCCUGGCAGCUGCACAGGCCAGCGAAAAGAACCAGAAGGCCUUCAAAGUCUCAUUGCCCAGUGUAAAGACGGACAGUUCUGCCUUACGGGACUGGAGGACCAAAAGGACUUCCGAGCAAUUGAGGGAGAAUGAGAGGAAGGUCUUGAGGCCGCAGCUGAGCAAGAUUGCCAUCACAAGCCUGGAGUUUUCAGAGGCGCUCCCCUUUGCAGCUUUCGCCGCCCUGCUGGUCGAGACGGUCGCAAGGCUCGACCUAGUGAUCGCGGAAGUCGAGGAAUUGGGGCAGGUUGCAUGCUUUAAAGAGUUCAGACCCGAAGAUCAGAUCUCUAUCACUUGCGAGCGUCCACCCCUGGAUGACUGUCAUAAUGAUUUGCCUUCCCAAGCAGCAGAAUAGAUAGUUGGUCAUUAAUCAGGGGUGGCAUAGAAAAUUACGUAUUAGAGAGCUGGCCAUGGUUGAUUUGGCUUGGUAUCAUAUCUUUUCCUAGAGUGAGAUUCAUUUAUUGGGAUCAUGUUCUUCAUGGAUUAGUGAUAUUGAAAACCAUUUCAUUAGCACAAA